AUGAGGGAUCAACAAUUCUCUAAGUUUCUAGAUAUUUUUCAAAAGUUACAGAUCAACAUUCUAUUAGCUGAAACUUUGGAACAAACGCCACUCUAUGCAAAGUUUCUUAAAGAACUCAUCACCAAGAAAAGGAGCUGGAACGAGAAGGAAACUGUGAUCCUCACCCAAGAAUGUAGCGCUAUAAUUCAGAGGGGUAUUCCACCAAAACUCAAGGAUCUAGGGAGUUUUCUCAUAUCAUGUACCAUUGGGAACAUGACAAUAGAUAGAUCCCUCUGUGACUUGGGAGCAAGUAUCAAUUUGAUACCUCUCUCCAUGAUGAAAAAGCUGCUCAUAGAGGAGGUUAACCCCACAAGAAUGUCAUUACAACUUGCUGAUAGGUCUCUCAAGACACCUAAUGGAGUGGUGGAGAAUCUAUUGGUGAAGGUUGGAGAGUUUAUUUUCCCUGCUGAUUUUGUGAUCUUAGACAUGGAAGAGGAGGAAAGAAACUCAAUUAUUUUGGGAAGACCCUUCCUAGCUACAACCAUAGCUAUUAUUGAUGUGGAGAAGGGUGAAAUGGUUCUCAAGGUACAUGAUGAGCAGAUGGAUCUCAAUGUUUUCAAGGCAAUGCAAUACCCUACAGAUGUGCGAUUUUUGUCGGUAUAG